GCAUGCCCACCCUUCCCCCACCCCCACGCACACACACGCGACACUUUCUCCAGCCUCACUCUCACACCUUAAAUCUCUGACAACCGUUUCGUAACAGUGUGUGUGUGUGAAAGAGAGAGAGAGAGAAAUUAGCACCAAAUUAGGAUAUAUACAGUGUAGUGUAAAUUGGUGUUGAAGGGAGAGAUCAGUGAGGCGGUGGCUGGUGUUGAGGCCUCAUCAUUAUCAUCAUCACCAUCAUCAUCAUCAUCUAGCGACACCAGGGGUGUGACACUCAUUACUCUGACGAGUCGAGUUGAUCUUAUACCUGUUGCUCAUCACACUCAUCUCCUGCAGGAGGGAAGACUUCGCUGUUGACCACACACUCCUGGAAUAUGGUGAGGCGGUUAUUGUGAGGCGGCCCAGACACACCACCCAGGUGCGUGUCUCAGGAGGUCACGAGGAACAUGAUGAGUGAGUGACCAUCGUGAAGGUACCUUCCUUAGGUGCUGAGGUAGAGGUGAUGGGCGCGCAUGGUCGAUGUUGGUGGGUGAUGUGGGGGUGGGAUGGCGGAGGACGCCACCCACCACUGCCACCCACCUACAGCUGGUCACCCCCCUGGCGUGGCGGCGGCGGUUCCUACGUUAUUAUGGUGUUGGUGGGAGUCCUCCUGGUGUGUUGUAGCCCCGGGUCAGCCCAGGGUGACACCACCACCACCACCAGCAGCAGCCUGCCCGCCCAGCCGUCAUCCACCGCUCUCUACGACAACACCUCCCUCGUCAUCACCGACUGGUCGAGCAACCCGUCGUCCAGCAGCCUCGUCACCGCCGCCUACACCACCAUAAAACCCGAUCACGGCCUCAACUGGAGUGUUAACUGCGACACAGACAAAACGUGGCCCAGGGUGGAUGACAAAUCGAAGAGCAUCCUGGUGGGUUUUCUGCCGACGCGGGUGGGGGACAGGAGGGAGCGCCUGGGACUCAAGAUCCCCGGUGCCUUCACUUACGCGGUUGAGAACGUCAACAACAAAUCUAUCCUUCCUGACAACUACAUCUUGAGUUUUGAGGUGCAAGACACCGAGGGAAAGGAGGACCUGAGCAGCAAACACGUGGUGGACAUGCUGUGUAAGGGCGUCUCCGCUAUCUUCGGGCCAGAACACACCUGCUACGUCGAGGGCACCAUCGCCCAGGGCAAGAAUCUCCCCAUGAUCUCCUACGCCUGCAGCAACGAGCGGGCGUCAAAGUUCACCACUUUCGUCAGGACGAAUCCCUCAGAGAUUUAUAUCAUCAAGACAACUGUAGCAACACUUCGCCACAAUAACUGGAAUAAGUUUUCCAUCAUUUAUACGGAAGAUAAUCACAGCAUGAAGGAUACCUUGAUAGUGGAGGCUGAGAAGGAGAACAUGACCAUUAAUCAUCAAAUAUUAUACAACGUGGAUCAACUCCCUUUUGUCUUGCAGGAAACCAAACAUUCCACAAGAAUUUAUGUGUUCAUCGGGCAUCGUAAUUCAGUAAAUAAUCUAUUGACUGUGAUGGCCAUGACCGGAAUAUUCAAGCCAAAGGAGACAGAGAAAAAAUAUCUUCUCCUGUUUGUAGACCGUGAGGAGUACAUGCCAGAUGAUUGGCUUAGCUACAUAUGGGAUUUUCGUUCGCAUGGGGAAAUAGUUUCAAGUAAACAAUGUUUUGAACGGGAUGUGGAUGCAUAUAAUGGUGCAUUUGUUGUUGUUGCCAACCGUUUCCCUGAUGAUGGCAGUUCAUUGAAGGAGAGUGUUCGAGAGUACAACAAGAAGCCGCCCUUUUGUCUUGGUUUUCACUCCAGCUUGAUCAGGGACCGACCAAUCUCCGAAGAAAUGCAUAUUCCAUAUCUGCCGUCGGCCUACCUAUAUGACUCAGUGCAGUUGUAUGCACGGGCCGUGUCGGAGCUCUACGAUGCCGAAAAAUCCAACAACGUUACAGUUGAGGAGAUUGCCAGGAAUGGUACGAAGAUCAAGAACCAUCUCAAAAACAUUACAUACAAGAGCAUUCUGGGAUUCGACAUGACUAUGAAUAUAAAUGCAUCAAGUGAAGGCAAAUACAGUGUCUACUAUUUCUCCAAUUGUCGCAAUUCCAAUCAGGAUGUUCAAUGCUCAAAGUGUCUCUACAAGAUUAGUGACUACUAUAAUGAGAACUCAUCAAUUAUGGCCAAUGCUGAAAAGAUUCACAUCCUGGAUGAGCCAAAGUGUGGCUAUGAUGGACUGAAAUGCCCUAAUGCGGGUAAAGGUUUCCAAAAACACAUUGCCUGGGUCAUGGGUGGACUCCUCAUCAUGUGCACCUUUAUCUCUACCAUUUUAUACCGGAACUGGAAGUAUGAACAAGAAAUCGUUGGUUUGCAGUGGCGUAUCAAUCAGGUGGACCUGGUACUGAGUAAUCACACUUCUGCUGGGAGUAGGGUACGUGAGGCUGGCUUAUACUCUACUUCUUCUUCCCUAACCAGCAGGCAAAGUCUGGUAAGUGCAGUCUCGUAUGACCUACAUGGACAGUGGUAUCAAAACUUGGGUAACUACAAAGGCACUAUGGUCUGCCUAAAGGCAGUACCCUUGAAUCAGAAGAGACCAGACCUGAGCAGAAACACCAUGAAAGAAAUGAGAAAUAUGCGGGAAGUUAAACAAGACAAUGUUUGUGCCUUUAUUGGUGCAUUUGUGGAGCACAGAAAGUUGACACAUGGGGAUCAUAACAAGGUGACACUAGUAACAGAAUACUGCACCAGAGGAUCAUUACUUGACAUACUUGCUAUGGAAGACAUUAAGCUUGAUUCUCUCUUCAUAUCCUCCCUUGUCCAUGAUCUCUUAAGGGGUAUGGUAUUCUUACAUUCACAUUUUGGUGCUCAUGGUAAUUUGAAAUCAUCAAAUUGUGUUGUGAAUGGGAGGUGGGUUCUCCAAGUUACUGAUUAUGGCCUUCACGAUCUACGCUGCGAGACUCUUCGUAGCCUGGAAAAAGAUGAUCGUGGUCAAUUUGACAGACAUAUGUUGUGGAGACCUCCAGAACUUCUUCGUGCUGGUAUAGAUGCACCAGGAACCAAAGAAGGGGAUGUCUACUCUUUUGGCAUUAUCCUUCACGAGAUGAUAGGCCGGCAAGGACCUUAUAACACGUACGACAGUGAUACUGAUGAUUCUUCAGUUAUCAUUAAAAAAUUGAAGGCUGGGUCAACAGUAACUGGACCUCCAUAUCGGCCUGAUCUCAACAAGAUAGUAGACAUGCCAUUUGGUUCUGAUGAAUCAGUUCGCAGUGCCAUGCAAUUAUCUUGGGAAGAAAAUCCUGUGGAGAGACCAAGUUUCCGUGCACUCAGAAUAAAACUCAAGAAUAUGAAAGAUAAAAGUCGUAAGGGUAACUUGAUGGACCAUAUGGUGCAAAUGAUGGAGCAGUAUAGCAAGAACCUUGAGGAGUUGGUCACUAACCGAACACAACAACUCAGAGAUGAACAACGCAAGACUAAAGACCUCCUUCACCGAAUGUUGCCAUCGUCUGUAGCAGCAAGUUUAACUCAGGGUAUUGCUGUAGAGCCUCAAGGUUUUGAUUCUGUCACCAUUUACUUCAGUGAUAUUGUGGGAUUUACUUCUUUAUCUGCAGAAAGCACCCCUUAUCAGGUGGUAAGAUUCCUGAAUGACUUGUACACCCUGUUCGACAAUAUUAUCCGUGGCUAUGAUGUUUAUAAAGUGGAGACCAUUGGUGAUGCAUAUAUGGUUGUAUCAGGUCUUCCCAAGCCUAAUAUGGGAAGACACGCAGGAGAGAUUGCCUCUAUGGCACUUGAACUACUGGAUGGGGUUCAAAAUAAAUUUAUCAUCCGGCACCGCCCUGAAAAAAAGUUGCUGUUACGCAUCGGGCUCCACACGGGCCCAGUGAUUGCUGGGGUUGUUGGCCUUACUAUGCCAAGAUACUGUCUUUUUGGCGACACUGUCAAUACUGCCUCAAGAAUGGAAAGCAAUGGAGAGCCAUUAAGAAUCCACAUAUCGGAGCAGUGCCAUAUUGCACUGAAAAAUCUUGGUGGAUACGUGAUGGAACCUCGUGGACUAGUCACCAUGAAGGGGAAGGGGGAAGUCCUCACCUUCUGGCUCAAUUCAGCCAAACCUGAAGCCAUCCAACGGAGAGAAUGUAACGAGUCAUUAUCAUCACCUUUACUUCAACUUAGUGAAUAUGAUAUGGAGAUAAAACGGCGUAGCCCUAGGCUUUCUUCUAUAGGUAACCGAACAUCAAGCAUCCCCAGGAGCAUAGAGGACCCAGGAGAUAUAAAUGGUGGGUUGCCACAAUUAAACUAUGAUGAGCCAAGGGAUUCCCCACGCUCAGAUAUCUUAUACCACCGUCGGCAUCUUGGCAGUAAUUUUCGCACGUCCAGUAUUGAUAAUACUACUCGAGGCAGUCUACUGUGUCCUCCAAGACAGGAGAGUGCUCCUGAUAUAGUACAUCAGAGUAUUAGUCUUGAUGAACUGCACCAUUCAGGUGUUCGUUUAGAGGUGCCAGCAUUGCAAAGCAUUACAAAUGCUGCAUCACCAUCCUCAUCAGAACCAACACUUCCCCUAGAUGAUAGACAACGUGGUGUUAACUUUUGUCCAUCAGCAAACAAUGAAGAAGUUUCUGCCACCCAUGGUAAUGGUGAGAGAGAUCCCAUGUUAAAUGGAGGUGAGGGAGAAUCUGAGGGACAAGGUAUAUACCCAGGAGAAAAUAGUCCAUGCUUAUCUGGAAUUGGAAGCAAACGAUCAUCUACAAUACGAUCUUGGCUGGCUGGAAUAUUCCAGUACUCACGGCCUAACUCUCAAAUAGCAGCAAACAAACUUUCAUUAAAUGGACUCAAGAGAGAAAGUCUUGUUUAGUAUCGUCUCAGAGGUGGUUAUUUGAGAUCAGUUUUUAUUCACGUAUGAUAAUAAUCAAUGUUUGAUAAAACUUAGUACUGUACUGAAUACCAUGUCUUCAGAAUAUCCAGCCGAGGUUUUUAUGACUUACAAUAUGGUACUGAAAUUUUAACCAAAUUAACUUUACAUUAAAAAGGUGUAAAAGUUGUACAUUACACCAAAAGUUAUUGAUGAAAGUAUAUAACGAAGUGAGAAACAAAUUUGUAAUUAGUGUACAAAAUUUCUUGAAAAUGUAAUGAAAACAAAACUUGCAAGAUUCUUAAUGUGAAUGCUCAAAAACUCCAGACGACUCGUUUGAGAUACUCUUCAGUGCACAGUGACUGUAACAGGAGAACAGUGCAUUCAAAGCCUCAUAUAAUUGCUCAGAAUAAAGGAUCCUUAUGUAUGUUUUGUCAGAGAUGCUAAGUUACUGGAAAGUCAUAGUGGUUGAACUGUGAAUUUAUUAUAUACUUAAUAAAUGGCAAGAAACUUGUUAGUGGUUAUUGCCUACUUUAUAAUUUGCAAGAACAUCUCUAUUAGUUUAAUUAACUUGAAAACCAGUGAUUUUCAAAAUUAAUGUUAUAGAACAUGAAAAAAUAACUUUAUAUAUAGAUGAUUUGGCUACUUGAAAUAUGCCAAAAUUUCAAGUGAACUUGAAUUUUGAGGAGGAUUAGACCUUAUUUAUGUGGCAGCGUAUCUUAAUGCGUCCACUCACUUUAGUCUAUCCUUUAAAACAGAUCAUUUAAUUACCUUGUUAAUAUUGUAAAUUUGUGUAAAUUAGUAUUUCAUAGAGGAAAAUUUAUUCAUUCAUUGUAAUAAAAUCAGUAAUCAUAUGGAAUAGUUAUCUUAACUACAGAAGCCAUUAGGCUGGUCUGUUAGAGAUCACACCACAAAGUGGAUUGUCAUUAAGUUUACUUUUGCCAGACUGUGAUACAGAUUGACGAGUGUGUUCAGAAGAGUCUGAGUCAAGUGGCUAUGUAUGCACAUCAAAAUGUAUUGUAGAUAUUAAAGAUACAACAAAUUAGAGUACUUGAUCUUCAUUAAGCAAAAUUUAAAAUAGGCAUAAAUAUAAUUAUUAAAUAAGGACUGUGAACAAUAUAAUUACAGUGUAGUUACACGGUAGUGUUUCUAAUAGCCACUUUUCUCUGUACUGUUCAUCUGAACGCUGUAUUUGGUUUUCUGAACGUGCCAUAAUAUGGGGCAUUUUUUGCUGACAGUACUAGAAGUAGAUUGCCUUUGGUACCAUUUAUUUUAAAAUGUAAUUAAAAAAUGUCAUUGUGGAGAGCUUGUGCAGUACCUGGCAUUGGCCCAAAGGGUCUGUAUAACUUAUCUCAAGUGUGGUGGCCAUAAUGUCACUUGCCACACCAGAGAAAACUAAUAUCAAAAAUCAUUAUAUGAGCUUAUGUCAUAUUGUGGCCUAAACUUUAACACAACAUUCACAUUAUAACGUAAGGUGAAACCAAGCAUUCUGCUCGUAGCAGAGAAACAUUUAUGCGGAGUAUUACUGCCAGCAUAAACUUCAAUACAGCACAGUAUUACAUAUAAAAGGUCUAUAUGAGUAAUUAAUAUUAUACGGUAUAGAAAAUUAGAAUAUUAUUUUGCCACUUGCAAAAAAAAAAAAAAUCUUUAAAUGUAUUUAUUGAAAUACCCCCAAGCCAUAGACCUUGGAUAUUAGACCAAGUAUGAAUGUUGUUUUGGAUAUUAGGCCUCUCAUCUUUGUUCUCUUUAAUUGGCUAUUUUGUUUCAUAUUCAGAAAAUACUGUGCAACUCAUGUACAGUAUGUCACAAGUUUGACUAAAGUUCAUGUAUAUGUGAAAGUAAACUUUUGUAGUUAAAAAGUUUAAACAAAAUUUUGUUGAUCAAAUCAGUGGUGAAUACAUGACUCCUAAAUAGCUGAUAAAAUGAUAAUUAAAAUUUGUAAUUGCACAAACUCCACAGAAAAUACAUAGUUUUGAAAAUAAGAUCUUAUGCCAAAGGGUUUUAAUGAUACAUGUGUAAAUGAACCAGCAUUCUUGUACUUAAAUGUAUUUAUAUACAUAACAAAAAUACAUAUUUAUAAAACUG